AAGUGGAGAAAAAGGUAUGGGAAAUGAAAUGCGAGCAGGGUUUAUAAAAGAUGAGGUGGUUCAUCGAAUGAUGGGUUAAAAUUUUCAGAGAGCUAUUUGUGGCCUGCCGCUUUAGCACGCCAGAUACUGACAGAACAGAAUGGAGACACUUCUUUUUCUAUUUCCUCAAUUCAACUACAUGGCCCCAAAGGAGGAAGCAUAUUUCAAAAUGCUUGGUCCAGAAGACUUGCAGGCACCAAAGAUGAAGGACGAUUCUAGCAGACAGAAGGACAAGGAGAGGAAGAGCCGACUAAGCCUUUUUCUCACCAAGUCAGGCUCUCAUGAAAACGUCAGUCCCCAUAAAAAGACAAAUACGACAUCCAACAACAUCUCACCAGAGGCAGCUUUGCAGUGGAGCGACUCCUUUGAAGAACUGCUAAAGCACUCAGAUGGAGUAGAAACCUUCUCUCAGUUCCUCAGGACAGAAUUCAGUGAGGAAAACAUCGAGUUCUGGUUGGCCUGUGAAGAAUACAAGACCAUUGAUUCCGAGACGAAGCUGCUGUCCAAAGCCAAAUAUAUUUAUACAGUAUUUAUUGAAUCGGAGGCCCCUAAAGAGGUCAACAUCGACUACAACACCAAGAUGGCCAUCCAGAAAAACAUAGCACAGCCCACAAAUAGCUGUUUUGAAGCCGCACAGAUGAAAGUCUACAGCCUGAUGAAAAAGGACUCCUACCCCAGGUUCCUGCACUCUGACAUUUAUCUGCGUCUCACCAGGCGGAAAGGCCCCGGGGCCACCAUGUUUCGCAGAAGGUCACGUUCCUGUGUGUUUAACGAGAGAGGCGAGGCCACGACUGAACCCUCGGCCUGGUAAUCGUAAAAGUUCCAGGCGUAGUUUAGCUCGCUGUGUGAAACUGGUUAUUAUAUAGGAGACAAUCCAUGAUUUGCAGCACGGUUGUUGAAACAUAAUGUGUGUUGCAUUGGCUUAUUGUCCACAGGUUUGCUUCUGCAGAGUGCAUUAUUUUUUUUAUAGCCAGAGGGGUCAUAGUGGAUUAUCCCAGUUACAUAGGUAAAGGCAAUAGUUUGACAUUUUGGGAAAUAUGGUUAUGUGCUUUCUUGUCAUGAGUUAUACAUUAUCAAUUAAAACUACAGCCAACAGCUUGUUAGCUUAGCUUGACAGCUAACCUGUAAAGCUUAUCACUAAACACGUUAUAUCUUUGUUGUUUAAUCCGUAAAAAACUAUGAGCAAAAAUAACUUGUUGUGGUGUUACUGGGGGGUUGGGUACCAGACUAUUUUUUGCCCAGACAUAGCAACUUCCUUGAGUCUUCACAGACUGCCCGGCACCCUCACAACAUCACAGCUUUUAAGGAAGUUUAGUUUGCUGUUACUGCCCUUUUCCAGUAUACAUGCAAAGCUAAGAUGGCUGGCUUAUAUCUACUGUACAGACAUGAGAGUGAUAUUGAUCUUCUCAUCUAACUCUUGACAAGAGAGCGAAUAAGUGCAUUUCCCAAGAUGUUGUACUUUUUCUUUAAGUACUAUACGCUACUACAUGGCUGGAUAACGGUUUACAUCGUUAGCCUUUCAGCUAUAAGAAUAAAUUUAGAAAGGUUAUGAGGCCAUUACAUCACAGCCAUGUGGUUAUCUGAAAAUAACGGACACCCUCCGGCCAAUCAGAACAGAGUAUUCUCUGUGGCCACAGUAUAAAACUAGAUUACUCUGCAGCACUUGCAGCAAAGAUCUAUGCAUUCUCUUUCUCAGAGGCCCUGCACUCCUUGUGGAUUGAACCUGAUGAUUUCUAUAUUUUCUUAAAUCUUGCAAAACUUGAAUGACAGUGGGAUGGUUGGAGACGGAUUCUCAAAUGAAGUGCCUCAAUGCUGCUGACAGUAUCCAGUCAGCUGUACAGGCAGCCACAGUGAGGCAACUCUCCUGACUUCAGACAUGUUACACUUCAAUUGCUUUGUCUUCCAAUCCAGCAAUAGCACCUUAUACAACAUUAAUACAGCUGAUAUGGCAUGCAAGCUAGCUUGACCAUAUCUCUUUAAGAUGGAUUCAUGAUUUUAUCCCUGUCUAACCCCCUCCAGACUAACUUGCAGUGAAAGGCUGUAGCCACAGUGACUGCAAAGCACUGAAACUUUUUAAUGAGGGACAUAGAUCAUUCAUUUCUGUUAAUAAUUAGAAUGUAUCCCAUUUUCACACACAGAAAAUGCAUAUAUCUUAUUUGAAUACUAAUAUUAUAUUAUAAUAAUUAUGAUUGCUGUUUUUCAGUUUGCUACCAUCUAAUAUAAUUUAUGUAUUAUUAUGAUCAUAUGUGUUGCCUUGUUGUCUUUAAUGUACAUACUAUUAUAAGUGGAGUAACUCAAAUAAACACUUUCUUAUAAAAGUA